AUGAUCAAGUCGAACUUGUGUUGGCCAGUGUGGCUUUUCCAGCGGUCACUUCACGGUUCUCGUCCGACAAUCCUGGAGUUUAAAGCUCGGAUGUUUCUCUAUCGAGUUCUGUCUUGCUCGACACUUGGUGUCGGUGGCAUCUCACGAUGA